UUUCUCCAAGGACGUCGUUGUUGAGCUGUCAAGGAGAAAAACUACCAUGGCUUCCAGUUCUUUGACAAAACCUCAGAUGCGUGGCCUUCUGGCCAAGCGUUUGAGAUUUCAUAUUGUUGGAGCAUUCGUUGUCUCCUUGGGAGUUGCAGCUUUCUAUAAGUUUGCUGUGGCUGAACCAAGAAAGAAGGCAUAUGCAGAUUUCUACAGAAAUUACGAUUCCAUAAAAGAUUUUGAGAUGAGGAAGGCUGGUAUCUUUCAGAGUGCAAAGUGAUUUUGGAAUAUAAAGAAUUUCUUUGGGUUGAAUUCCAUGGAAGUUUGUCACUUACCUGUGUUCCUGAACUAUGAACUACUAAUAUCUGGGGUAAGGAAUAGUUUC